AUGGAGCGCCCCACCCGCGUCACCCGCCCACCCGGCCGCCUCAGCCCGGCCCCGCCCACAGCCCGGCACCGCCCUCAGCCCGGCACUGCCCUCAGCCCGGCUCCGCCCUCAGCCCGGUUCCGCCCUCAGCCCGCCCUCAGCCCGGCACUGCCCUCAGCCCGGCUCCGCCCUCAGCCCGGUUCCGCCCUCAGCCCGGCCCCGCCCACAGCCCGGCCCCGCCCUCAGCCCGGCACCGCCCUCAGCCCGGCACCACCCUCAGCCCGGCACCGCCCUCAGCCCGGCACUGCCCUCAGCCCGGCUCCGCCCUCAGCCCGGUUCCGCCCUCAGCCCGGCCCCGCCCUCAGCCCGGCACCGCCCUCAGCCCGGCACCACCCUCAGCCCGGCACCGCCCUCAGCCCGGCACUGCCCUCAGCCCGGCACCGCCCUCAGCCCGGCCCCGCCCACAGCCCGGCACCGCCCUCAGCCCGGCUCCGCCCUCAGCCCGGUUCCGCCCUCAGCCCGGUUCCGCCCUCAGCCCGGCUCCGCCCUCAGCCCGCCUUCAGCCCGCCCUCACCCGGCUCCGCCCUCACCCGGCCCCGCCCUCAGCCCGACCCCGCCCCGCGCAGCGCACGUGCCAGCUUGACCUCCUGCGAUUGGGCGACCGAGCUGUCCGUCAAGCGGCGGCCGCUGCUGAGCGCCAGUGAGGGGCGGCCCUGGGGCGUGGGCGGGGCGCUGGCGGCAGCGCGGACGGGGCGGGCCCGGAGCGGGCCCGGCGCGGGCCCGGCGCGGUGA